AGGUAAACGAUGAGAACAAGCACAGCUAUUGACUAAAACAUUUCUUCUGAUCUUUAAUCUUUGUUUCGAUGUAUGUUUGUGAAGCAAGUCUACAUUCCAUUACUAUUUUUUAGUGGAGUAGACUACAUUGAUGCACCAACACCUUAUAUGAUGGGUCUCCACUCUGAUGUUGAUACAUCAAAUCUUGCUAUGGAUGGCGUUGUAGUGGUGGAUCUUGAAUUUAACCAAAUCACUACUUCUGAGGAGAUACCUCCGAUACCAGAGCCUGAGUUCAGCGCUCUGAGAAACGAUAUAUUGAAACUACUGCAACCUAAUGUUGUAGGGAUCGAUCACUUGAGGGGCUUUGGUAAUUCUGUUGAACAUGGCCCUAAAAGCCUCAGCAAACCUUGGGGAGAGGAUCAUGACCUUCAACUCAGGGUUAUAUUCUUAAAGUUUUUUGCAUCUAUCUUGGGUGGCUACCGUAAUUUCAUAGAAAACAAAGUUUUUAGCACUGAUGCGUUCCUGAAGAGACGGUCUCGAUCCACCAAUCAGCCACCGGAGCCUAUGCUGGUUCAAUUCUUGGGCUCUUUUGCAUUCCUCGAUUACAUUGAAAGGCGUCUAGAUUCUGAUGAGAACAGUACUAAUCUCCUCGAGAAGUUACAAGACGCUGUUGGAAGGGGUCAAGAUGCGAUGUCAAUUCUGCCUAAAUUUUCUAUGGAGCCUGAGAUAAUCACAAUAGCUGAUCCGGAAGUUGAAGAACCAGCCACCAGGUAUACCUAUGACAGGUUUCCUGCGAGUGUUAGAUCAGAGGAACAAGAAGAAAAGCGAAAGCAGAUCCUCGCAGUAGCAAGCGGAGCUCUUGAAUCCAACGGAAGGCAUUCUCCAAGCUCACUGCUAGGGAAGAACAAUAAGGAAGACAGUUUUAGUUCAAGGGAGAGGGCUGCAGAGAGAGAUCGGAUGGUCUUGGAUAUAAAAGUCAAGUUGCAGGGAUUAUGGCUCCGUCUUGUGAAACUAGGUUCAGAUGAAGAUCCUCUCUCUUCAUUUGAAUACGGCACGAUAUUGGCUCUCAUCGAAUCUGAUGCUGAGGGGAUUGGUGGGAGUGGCUUUAUCGAAUGUAUAAGAGAGCAUCUGAAAAAUUCGGACUGGGAUGGUGGGUUGACUGUGGAGCAGUUCAUUGCGGUCAAAGAAUUGCUCAAAAUGGCUGUCAGCCGUGCUGCUUCAAGGAACGAUUUAUCGACAGUUCAGUAUGCACUUGAAGUUUCUGCGGAAAUGUUUAAGAGGGAUGCCAAUAAUGUCUCAGACUAUGUUCAGCGUCAUCUCAUCUCCAUUCCGAUCUGGGAGGAAUUGAGAUUCUGGGAAGGUUACUUCGAAUAUCUCAUGGAGCAGCCUGCAAACGACGCAGUGAACUACGCUACUUUGGUCACGGCCAGACUUAUCAUCGUGGCAUCACAUAUGGCUGGCUUGGGACUUCCUGAUACAGAGGCUUGGAACAUGAUAGAGACAAUAGCAGAGAAGCAAAAACUUGGAUACAAACUAUUGAUUAAACUCAGAGGGUUCUUGUCGCAUGUUCAGCAACUUCGUGUAGGCUAUUGGGGCGCCUCUUCAUUUAAGCAACAGUCUAUAUCUUCUGGGUUGCCAUCACCACGUCCAAAAGCAGAUGCCUCUGAUGAAACCCAGCAACCUUCAGAAGCUUCUGGAAGGAGUUGGGUUCAGAGUAUGUUUAGCAGAGAUACAGCAUCAAGAGCUAACUCGUUCAGUCGUGUUCGUAAGUGGGUUUCUGAUAAUGCUUCUUCAGACAUAAGUGCUGCUGCACAGAAGAAAAUUCAAACCAAUGUACGUGUUCUGAAGGGUCACAGCGGUGCUGUCACUGCCUUGCACUGUGUGACAAGAAGGGAAGUCUAUGAUCUUGUGGGCGAUCGCGAGGAUGCUGGGUUCUUUAUCAGUGGCAGUACAGACUGUCAGGUUAAAAUCUGGGAUCCAAGUCUGCGGGGUUCUGAAUAUCGGGAGACUCUGAAAGGACAUACUGGAACCGUUCGUGCUAUAAGCUCUGACAGAGCAAAGAUAGUUUCUGGAUCAGAUGAUCAAUCUGUUAUCGUAUGGGACAAACAAACACUUCAGCUUCUAGAAGAACUGAAAGGCCACGAUGCUCAGGUUAGUUGUGUCAAGAUGAUUUCAGGUGAACGUGUUCUCACUGCUGCACAUGAUGGAACAGUUAAGAUGUGGGAUGUCCGAACCGAUAUGUGCGUCUCAACUGUUGGCCGAUGCUCUAGUGCUAUUCUGUCGAUUGAAUAUGACGACUCCACAGGAAUCUUGGCUGCUGCUGGAAGAGAUACGAUCGCAAACAUAUGGGAUCUUCGUUCAGGAAGACAGAUGCAUAAACUGAAAGGGCAUACAAAAUGGAUACGAUCAAUUCGAAUGGUGGAAGAUACCUUGAUAACUGGGAGCGAUGACUGGACAGCAAGAGUUUGGUCUAUCUCCAGAGGAUCAUGCGACGCUGUUUUAGCAUGCCAUGCUGGACCAGUACAAUCUGUUGAAUACUCCACACUCGAUAGAGGAAUAAUCACAGGUUCCGCUGAUGGGUUGCUUCGUUUUUGGGAAAAUGAUGACGAUGGCAUUAAAUGCGUGAAGAAUAUAACGCUGCAUAACUCUUCUAUACUAUCAAUCAACGCUGGUGAACAUUGGUUAGGCAUUGGAGCAGCAGAUAACUCAAUGUCUCUUUUCCAUCGUCCUUCUAACGCCGGAACCAAAGUUUCAGGCUGGCAACUUUAUAGAGUACCCCAAAAAACAGCCGCCGUGGUGAGAUGUGUUGCGUCUGAUCUGGAGAGGAAACGGAUAUGUAGCGGUGGCCGGAAUGGACUUCUCCGGCUGUGGGAUGCAACCAUAAACAUCUGACUUGCCUUCCACAUCUAUUGUUAUUCCUCUGUAUCUCUUAACUUUUUUGUUGUCGUUGUUUCCUUAUCUGUUUACGUUUCUGUGCCCUUUUGAAUAAUUUUCCGCUCUCUUUUACACUGGGUGUUUUUCAUUUAUGAUUUUCAUCUUAGUGUGCAUUUUUUACUUUUUGCUUUUUUAUGCCAUUUAAAGAAACAUUUGAUUUUUUUUCUUUUACUUUUUUCUUGGUGUAAUCUUUUUAUGUUUAAUUACUUAUAAAUAUGUUUUACCAGUGAUUCUUAUUUCGAUUGGUUUAUCAAUAAACUAGCGUUUUGAA